UGCUGCUGGCAGAACAGUAGUAACCUUUCUCAUUCCAGACAGUGAAGGCUCCCGUAUAUAAAGUCUCGAUAGGCGUCUGCGAGACCUCAUUUUAACAUCGUUCUUCACAAUAUACUACGUGCUGUAUUCUGUGCUUCUACUUUGUUCGUGAAAAGGUACAACAUGGCAAUGAAAUUGGCUUACUGGGAUAUUCGCGGGCUUGCUCAGCCCAUUCGUCUGCUCCUGGAGUACACUGACACUAAAUAUGAGGACAAGUUCUACACCUGCGGAGAAGCUCCAAACUAUGACAAAAGUUGCUGGUUUGAUGAGAAGCACAAACUGGGCAUGGACUUCCCCAACCUGCCGUAUCUGGAGGACGGAGACAGAAAGAUUGUCCAGAGCAAUGCCAUCAUGAGAUACAUCGCACGCAAGCACAACCUGUGUGGGGAGAGCGAAGACGAGAAAGUUCGUGUGGACACUCUGGAGAAUCAGGCGAUGGACUUCCGGAACGGCUUUGUGAUUAUGUGCUACACAGACUUUGACAAGAUGAAGCCAGGCUACACUGAGAGACUGCCCGGAACACUGAAGCAGUUCUCAGAGUUCCUAGGAACCAGGAAGUGGUUUGCUGGGGACAAGAUCACCUUUGUGGACUUCAUCAUGUAUGAACUUUUGGAUCAACAUAUAAUGUUUGACGCCAAGUGCCUGGACGACUUCAAGAACCUACAGGAACUUGUAGACCGCUUCGAGGCUCUGGAGAAGAUUGCAGCCUACAUGAAGUCAAACCGCUUCAUAAAGACUCCUGUCAAUAACAAGAUGGCCAAAUGGGGCAACAACAAAGAGUAAAGAAACCAAUGACUGGAAAACAUCCAUCAUAUGAUUUAGAUAUAGGAGAGUUUGUUCUGCAGCCACUGGGGGUCGUGGGACCUGUAAAGACAUCUAGGAUUUAGACCUGUAGGUAUGAAGUAUGCUGGAUGAAGUAGCUACUCUUAAGGUUUACACAGGCAGCCCAAUUCUGUUAUUGAAUCCCAUUUUUGGUGGCGACAUAUCAGAAUCCGGCUGCCUGUGUAAAUUUGCUUCCAUGCCAAUACUCAACCAGUCUUUGGAAUUGAGUGAGUGACUGUUUGAAUGGAUAAAACCAUUUUACUGUCCUGACUUGUGAUUUUUGUUUUUUACCUUUUUUUGGGGGGGGGGGGGGGGACUAAAAGCAGAAAUGUUUUAAAUUGAUAAUUAGAACCUUGAGUUAAUAAAAAUGAUGUUUUCAGUAAAUGUCCGUGUCAUCACUUUUAUUUUCAGGUUGAUGUUACACGAAUAUGCAAAGGAUAUUGUUUUAAUGUUAAGAGUACAAUACGCUCAAGUACAAAGGGGAAACUAUUGCAUAUCUGAUUGUCCAAUGUGUGAACAUUUAGGACACUUUGAAGCUUGUCGAUUUUUGUUCCUUGAUUCUUGAAAUGUGGAUCUUCAGAAUUACUGAAAUAAACUGUACAAUCCAA